CAUUAACAAGAAUGAACAGGAAAAACACGCGUGACCGCGAACGACGAGCUCGAGGACGUGGCUUGUCUGGCCGAGAAGAGUCGAGGAGUGUCGAGGAGCGUCGAGGAACAUCGAGCAGAGCCGAAGAGUGUCGAGAAGCGCCGAAACGAGUCGAGCGACACAAAGCAGUGGUAGACGUAUACUCGGAAUGAUUGAAUUGUAAGUUAGGAUUUGGAUGCGGAGCGUCCUCGUUUUCGAAGUUAAACGCAUUGCGAUGUGUACACUUCAGCCCAAACCCGAAGUGCUCUUCGUCCUUGGUGGACCGGGAGCCGGAAAAGGGACCGUAUGCAAAAACAUCGUGAAAAAGUGCGGUUACGUUCACCUAUCGGCAGGUGACCUUCUGCGCGAGGAACGUUCAAAGCCGGGUUCGCAGUAUGGAGAAUUGAUAGAAAGCCACCUACGCAAUGGCACCAUCGUUCCCGUAGAAAUCACCUGCAACCUUCUACAGCGGGCCAUGAGAUCGUCCAACGGUCCAUAUAAUAGAUUUUUAGUCGAUGGCUUUCCCAGGAAUAAGGAUAACCUCGACGGAUGGAACAGAGUAAUGGAUGAUAAAGUACUUCUGAAGGGGAUCCUGUUUUUGGAUUGUAGCGAAGAGGUCUGUACUCAACGCUGCUUGAAUCGUGGUAAGAAAGGAAGUGGCCGUAGCGACGACAAUGAGGAUUCUUUAAAGAAAAGACAUCGAACCUACACGCAGGAUACAUUACCCAUUGUACAACAUUAUGAGAAAUUAGGGCUUGUUUAUAAGUUCAAUUCUGUACGUUCUCCGGAAAAAGUGUUUAAAGAUGUAUGUGAAAUGUUGAAUUCGAUCGGCUGGGGCUCUCAAGAAAACUCGACCCUGUAACGAUGGAUAGUAAGAUCUGUUAAUUUAACAUUACAAGUUUAACGACCCUGGCAAUGAUUGAAACUGGUUUUGUAUGAACGUUAAAACUGCUAAUGGUGUUUAUUUGAUUAUAAUUGUCAGUUUUCAUUAGAUACAUAAUUGCUAUAACAAUCUAAAUUUUAUGGACUUGUGCAUUUAAUAACAAUUUAUGCUGUAUUGUUUCGCACGGUUCAUGUAUUGAUCAAAAUGAAGUGCUACCACAGCACUGCAUAACAUGAGAUACUAUUAUGCCAAAAAAAGUAACUAAAGGUGGACCAUGUUUUACUAAGAAAAAUGGUUAUGGCACUAUGCACGAA